AUGAACUUGCAGUCAGCUUAUUUUACACUGUACAUUGUGGUUCCUAUUCUCGGUAUUGGUCUCAACUGGUAUGUGCUGUGGAGAUUGCUGCGACUUGCAAGGAGAAGCGCAAUUCGCUUCGAAACCACCUCUGGUCUUCCUCUUGCUGCCAUGUCUGCUGGUGACUCGGUCACGCUUCUGGCGCAACUUGUACAGGCUUUGUUUCAUUCGUUUCCCAAGGCAGGUCUCCCCACCUGGAUGCUCAGCGGCACAUGUAAAGUUGACAUAUAUCUCAUGCACACAACUUCGGCUUUCUCGGUGUGGUGCUGGUUCGCGCUCUCGAUUCUGCGCUACACUGCCGUUUUCCACCCGAUCAAGUAUAGGACUAUAUGGAGGCAGCCCCGGAAUGCUUUGAAGCUGUUGGCGUGUCUUUGCUUCCUGUUUGAAUCGUGGAUUCUCUUUUUUGUUGUCUACAGCGAAGAGGGUCGAAUGUGUGCAGAGCAUCCCAGCAUCACCCCGCGUAACGUGAAGGCUGCUCAUCUCAUGGACAUUGCAUUAUUCUAUGCUGUUCCAUCAUUGCUACGGAUAUUCUUCGACGGAGUGGUUUUAUUUCAAUGCUACAGUCCAUCAUCAAUGAUGGACAUGCCACUCUAUGAAAGGAGAUGUGCAAUAAGUGUGCCGUCACAGAAUCAAAGAUGCUCUAUCGCUAAUGACUUCGAAACAUCGCUCGAUGUUCGACAAAAUAUGACCCUUGUCAUGUCCAUAUCAGCAGCGACCUCGGAGCAUUUUACCAAGAAGCGACAGUUGUAUGUCAAGAAAAAGACAGCGAUGGUAAUGCGUUCAAUAAUCAUAUCGGUGUUAAACUUGGUUCUCAACCUCCCAUCUCAUAUUCUACGAGCUUGGCUCACUUUCGAUGAUGAUGGGAUCGAUCAAAAAACAUUAGCAGUUCUGGAGCCAAUCUCACAAAUUUUGUACUUCUCGCAGUUCAUGUGCAAUGCUUUUUACCUAAGCACGAGCAUUUACGAAACGAGCGGUACUCCUCGCAGUACCGUUGUCGUUAACAAUGGACGACACAUCUCUCGCUGUGUUUCGAAGGAUGAGGAUUCAUAG